GCGUUUGUGAAAUCUCUAAUCAAGUAUAUGAUCUUCAUCUUCCCUUGAGUACCAGUUUCAUUAUUGGGUGAUGUACAUCAUUGCUCAAAACACUCAUGAGUGAUGACAAAAGGAAGCUGAUGAGGCAUGAGGUGGUGCAUCCUUUUGGGAAGUUCAAACCAGUUGCCUUGAAUCUCUGCAAGGGAUCACUUUAUGCAGGUUGUUUUUGUCAACUAGCGAGUAGAUAAGAUGCGGCUGUUGCUGAUUUCUGAUCAAGGCUAGAGGCAACGUUUAGAGGGCCCGGUUUUUUAUCUUUUAAACAAACAAAAACGGGCUAAAUCAAGUUUUUGGGCGUUGAAGAAUUUGUAAGCACCAAAUCAAAAAUCGAAAAGGCCUAAGGCCAUCGAAGCUCACAUCACUUGCUGACAAAUGAAACUGACAAAAAUAGCACCGCCCACACCCUAAUUUCUCCCCAUGAAACCCCAAAACUACGUCAGCAAAGUCACCAACCCAAGGGAAGUGUUUGCCACAUCACUCCUCUUAUAAAGCCUCAUCAACCUUCCAAAUUACGUUCUCUAUCCCUCUCCCUCAAUUUACAGUUUCAUACAUUAUCGUCGUCAUCAACGAUGAAGAAGUUAUACCGUAGAGGCACGGUGCAUCCGUCGCCGCCUAUCAUAUCAGACUACCUGUCCUCCCUUCCGGCUACCAUCCUCACCCUCACAGCCGCUCUCUCACUUGAGGACAGAGAAGUUUUGGCCUAUCUCAUCUCCUGCUCUAGUACAAGUAGCAACUUCUCCAACCAUAGCAGGAUCACUCAAAAAAGCACUUUUUACAACAAGAACAGUAGCAAUGACCAUCCUCCUUUCUUCAACUGCAACUGUUUUAGUUGCUACAUGAGUUACUGGAUUAGAUGGGACUCGUCGCCCAAUCGGCAGCUGAUACACGAGAUUAUCGAUGCUUUCGAAGACGGGUUGUUGGCGCAGGGAAAGAGCAAUAACAAGAAGCAUAAGAAGAGGAAGGGGAAUAACGGGUCUAUUGAACAGAAGCUUUCCGAAUUGAAUUUGAAGAAGUUGGGGGAGUCUGACUCUGUGGGGGAAAGUAGCAGUGGCAGUGGCGGUGGCGAUGAAGAUGGUGUUGGCGGUGACCAAGGGGAGGGGUCGGUGAGGAGGUUUGUGAGUUUUAUUGGAGAGAGGAUUUGGGGUGUUUUGGCCUAAUAAAUUUUUGGAAGGAAAGAGAAAAGAGGUUGGAUUUAGGUUUAGAUUAUGACUAGUUAGGAUCUUCUACUCUCCAUCUGUAUAACAGAAAAAAGGUGUUUCUUCUUGUUUUUGAUUUUCUUGUAUAUUAAUUACUCUUGAAUGCGAAAAAAGGAAGAAAAGGGUUGGUUAUGAG